AAUCCUUUAAUAAACAAUCGAUCGUAACAAACAAACAUUCUAUUUCUCUACUAAAUUAAAUCGCUAGUUAAAUGGGUAAAAGAAAAGAUAAUAAUACGGAAAAAGAUGGUGGCGCUCCGCCGGAAUCAUCCCACAAGAAGCACAAAAAACACAAGAUGCACAAAAAGGCUCGUGUCCAGGCGGAACCAACAUACGAGCUGGUGGAAGAACAGCAGGCCCUCGACGAAACCAUGGAAGUGGUCGAAGAAAUAGAGUAUAUGGAAGCGGACCCAGAGCCGGAAAUAGUGUCGGAGGUUGAAACAGAUAUACAAACCACGUUCGACGCUAGCGUUUCACAGAUGGAACUGCUGAAUGAUUCACAACUGUCCCAGCAACAAAAGGCACUGUCGCCCGGAAAAUCGCUUGCUGCAAUGAACAAAGCACAGAAAAAAGGGCGCAAAAGAGGACGCGACAGUGGAACGUCUAGCGAAGAAGAACGCUGGCUCGAUGCGAUUGAAUCCGGCAAGCUGGAAGAGGUGGAUGAUGAGUUGAAGAAAAUUAAACCGAAAGAUCCCAAGCUAAUGACAGCCCGUCAGCGUGCGAUGUACGAGCGUGGCUCGGAUAAAGAGCCAGCGCCUGGUUCGGAGCUUCUAAUGUCGUUACCAACCGGCUACAAGGAAAAGGUUAUGACGGAGGAAGCGAUACAAAAGGCUCAGCUAAAGUCACAAAAGCGCAAACAAAUGGCAGACGAGAAGCGGGAAAAGGACAAGAAGAAAACUAUGGAACGGUUGCUGAAAAAGCAAGACUCUAAAUCAGUGAAAGCGAUAAAGAACCGUCCGAUUAAGGAGAAGGUACCGAUGAUUACGUACGUUAACAGUAUCGAAGGGGCAACGAUUUCUUUACCACCGGAAAUAGAUUUUCCUUUGGCAAAACAAGCACCCCGAGACCCACCGAAACCUACACUGUGCGCUAUCCCUAGCUGCAACAACAUCAAACGGUACAACUGUUCGAGAACGAACAUUCCGUUGUGUAGUUUCAAGUGCUACAAAGCCAAUGUGGAAUCAAUAAAGAAAAUCAUCUGCUGA